AUGAAAUAAUAGGCAAUCGGAAUGAAUAAAUCAGCAAAUCUUAGUAGAUAAUCCUCCUUCACAUCUCAGACAUCAAAUUCGGAUAAAAGAAAUAAAACUAAUUCUUACGUAUCAAUAUCACCUCGCUUCGAUCCAGAAAAGGGUUUGUAAUUUGAAAAUAGUGUGAAAGAAGUUAAAAUCAAAGAUGCUGAAACAGAUCCUUAACAAUAUAAUUAGAAUAAAUAAAACUCCGGGAAAUUCAAGAAACAAUCAAGUUUUACUUUAAAAACUUCAAAGGAUGAUUAAAUGAAAAAAAGCUAGUUCAGUAAAAAUUAAAGAGCAGAUAGCUUAGGCCCUUAAAAAUUAUAAUGA